AUGACAAAAUGCAUUGAUCACAUAAAAGAGAAACAUCUUAUAUUUCUCUCUUUCUUUUUCUUUUUGCACAAGUGUCACUUUUUAAGGUUUUUCCUCUUUUUCUCUUUUUCGUUUCUAUUGAUUUCUUUUUCUUCUUUCUUUCUUUCGUUUCUCUAUAAUGUAUAUCUUUCCUCACGUUUUGACACACUUCCCUCUUCUCGUGCCGAAGUUUACUUUCUUUUCUGGAUAAACCUCGUUAAAGAUGCUUUGAAAUCCGAAAUCACAUUGGACUUCUCUUUCUUUCGCAUGCACGAAUUUAUAGUGGGUUUUCGCAAGUAUCGCAAACUCGUCUGCUUGGCUCGGAUGCCGAAAAAGAUUAACUCUUUUCUGCUGUUCAUUUUUCAUUAUUUCUUCUUAUUUUUCUGUCUUUAUUUCAUAACGUGGACAUUUAUCUCCAAGAGAUCAGACCCAGGGGUACCAUCAUUCUCUCUCUCUCUCUCUCUUCCUCCCUCUCUCUCUCUCUCUCUCUCUCUCUCUUUCUCUCUCUCUCUCAAACAAAAGACAAACAAAAAAUGA